AAACACUUGAUCAAAGCCCAUCGUAAUCAAACCUAAAACAGCAAGCAGUGCGUGAAGAUAUAAGAAUCGAUUUUAGGGUUUAAAUCCUCAACCUGUCGCCGUAACGAAGAAGAGAACAGAUCGCAGAAGGCUUGAAACUCUUUUGCUUGCAAACAUGACUUUCAAGCGUAGGAACGGUGGCAGGAACAAGCACAACCGUGGUCACGUGAAUCCCAUCAGGUGUUCCAACUGCGGGAAAUGCUGUCCCAAGGAUAAGGCGAUUAAGAGAUUCCUUGUCAGGAACAUCGUUGAGCAGGCUGCUAUCAGAGAUGUUCAAGAAGCCAGUGUCUACGAUGGUUACACUCUCCCAAAGCUGUACUCUAAGGUGCAAUACUGUGUUUCAUGUGCUAUCCACUCUCACGUUGUGAGAGUUCGAUCCCGCACCAACCGUAGGGUUCGUACCCCUCCUCCCCGUUUUGCCAGACGCAAGGAGGAUACUCCUAAGCCUGGACAACCUGGUCAGGCCCCUCGCCCUGCUGGUGGUGCCCCUGCUGCUCCUCGUACUUAAAAGACUGCAAGGAGCUGGCCACUCAACUCUUAAUAUUAUAGUUUCAGUCUCUGGGCUGUCUGGAAUUUUUGAACAUGUUCUCUACAUCUGGUUAGAGAUGAUUUUGUAACUUCGAAUUCUUUGAGACCAAUCUAUCAGUUCAUUUCGACA